GAGAGGCAGAUACAGACGGAUGAACCGCAGGCAUACCUUUCAAAGCAUUUAAAACCUGCGACAGCAAAGGUAAAAGCGAAGAAGCAGCUGGCAACUCACCCUGCUGCGAUGGCGCCGACCCUCCUGGCGACUUGGAUGCCACCUCAGUAGAUGAACCAGCCGGUGAUCCCGUUGAUAGAGGGUCCACCACCGCAGCAGCUGCAGACUGACUUGAGGAAGGAUUUCUUGAGCCGACAUCCGCAAUAACAUGAGCAGCAUGCGCAGCAGAGACCGGCGCAGGGGCUAGAGACAUAGGAACAACAUGCAUAGCAUCAUUAUUUCCCCGCAGAAGAUCUCUCACCGGACCUGACCACUGCUCCGCAUUCAGAGGCUCCUCCUGAAGAAAUUACCGGUCCUGAGGACAAGUGACAGCAGCUAAAGAGUUAAAAAUAAGACCCGUCCGCUGCACCAUGAUCCACUGACAGUUAAUCUUCCUCCAGACGCUGUUGCUCCUCCCGACCACCAGAGGGCGCUAGAGACACAGCCUGUGACGACGAUGCCAGCACAGGAAGUCUAGCAGCGUCUGGAUCCUGUGACAGAGAAGAGGAGCUGAAGAGGACUGGAGGCCAUCACCAGCAGCCGGCAGCGCUGGACAGCUCCCGCAGACAGGACUCCAACCAUUCGCCUUCCGCAACGCCCGCUCUUCUCCUCAGUUCCGCGAUUAGGACCUCCAUCAGGACGGCAGCGACCAUCUUCUUUUAUUCUCAGAUAAGGUUCUGAUUUCCUUGGACAACAUGGAUCUGUCGUUGACUAUGCAAAUGAGAGGAUCUGGGUUGUCGUCUGCUGAUCUGAGGGCCGAGCUGGUCUGCUCCAUCUGCCGGAGCCUCUAUACAGAUCCCGUAUCCCUGAGAUGUGGACACAACUUCUGCCGCUCGUGUAUUGUGAGUGCGCUGGAUGCACAGGAGGGAGCUGGAGUGUAUUCCUGUCCUGACUGCAGAGCAGAAUAUCCAGAGCGUCCAGCCCUGGAGAAGAACAGCAAGCUGGGGAACAUGGUGGAGCGUUUCUUAUCUGCUCAGCCUGAUAUGGAGGAGACCAGGAUCUUCUGUACUUACUGUGAUUCUCCUGUACCGUCUGUGAGGACAUGUCUGCAGUGUGAGGCCUCGUUCUGUGAAAAGCACUUGAGUAGACACAGUAAGUCAUCAGAACAUACUUUAGUUGAACCCAUUGUUACCUUGAAGGACAGAAAAUGCUCCACACACAAGGAGGUGCUGAAAUACUAUUGUCCUAUAGACGCUGCCUGUAUCUGUGUGUCCUGCUGGGGGGCCGGAGACCACAAGGGACAUUACGUGGAGCUACUGGAUGUGGCCUCUGAGAAGGAGAAAGAGAAACUGAGGAAAUAUCUGGAGAAACUAAACCCACAAAAAGCAGAAAUUCAAACAAAACUUCAAAAUCUGCAGGAUCGUCAGAGGAAUAUCCAGGAGAAAGCCUCUGUUAAGAGGAAGAAGGUCAGGAGGUUAUUUAUGGACAUUAAGAAACAACUAGAAAUGGCAGAAAAGAAAGCGCUGAGCGAGAUCUCCAGGCAGGAGGAGAAGAUUGUGUCCCAGAUAUCUGAUCUGAUCAAGAAGCUGGAAAUAGAGGAAGACGAGCUGCCCAGGAAGAUGCGUCACGUGGAGGAGAUGUGUCAUGUCACCGACCCAAUAAGACUCCUACAAGAAAGUGACAUUAUAGUAUGUGGUCAUGGAGAUGAUGAGGACACAGAGGGAGAUGGUGGAGAGGGCAGGUCUGAGGAUGAUCUGGAUGAGGUUCUGAUCUCACUGACCUUACACCGAUCUAUGAGGGAUAUUGUCACCAAUGUCACAUCAGAGCUCGGGCUCCAUGUUCCAGACAUAUUGCUGGAUGAGGACACUGCUAAUAUACAUGUGAAGAUAUCAGAAGAUCUGAAAACAGCAACAAGAUCAGUAAAUAAAUAUAUCAGACCAGAAUCACCAGAAAGGUUCCAGUUUGAUGCCCAGGUGUUAAGCAGAUGUGGCCUCUCCUCAGGAAGACAUUACUGGGAGGUAGAGUGGGACCAGAAACAACCAUGUGGCAUUGGACUGUCCUAUCCCAGUAUAGAAAGGGAAGGACUUCAGUCUAGUAUUGGAGAUAAUGAUAAAUCUUGGUGUCUGGUUAUGUCUAGUGCAGGAUGUGAAGCGUAUCACAACUCAGUCACAUCCCCCCUCAGUGUAGAUACAACAUGUCCUAGACUUGGUGUCUUCUUAGACUAUGAGGCCGGGCGUCUGUCCUUCUAUCAUCUGUGUGACCCCAUCAGACACUUACACACCUUCACUGCUUCCUUCUCUGAACCCCUACAUGUUCUCUUUGGUUUGUGGCCUAAAGCCUCUGUUAGAAUAAUAAGCUGAGGCCGAUGCAUCCACGUCCCGUUAUAAUCUCCGCCUAUAAGUCACUAUAUAGCGCUACUACUGUCUGCUGAGCUGUGUAUCUAAUCCUCUCCUGUUUGAUACUGUCUGCUGAGCUGUGUAUCUAAUCCUCUCCUGUGUGAUACUGUCUGCUGAGCUGUGUAUCUAAUCCUAUCCUGUGUGAUACUGUCUGCUGAGCUGUGUAUCUAAUCCUCUCCUGUGUGAUACUGUCUGUUGAGCUGUGUACUUUGCCCAGCAACACCUUAGGCCAAUCACCUCUCGGUCCUGUUGCCGGCUAACAUUCAGAAUUACCUGAGAAGAAAAAAAAGCCGCAAACACAAUACCGUGUCUCAAUGACACUGAGGGGCAAAUGCCCAAAUUAUUGGCCCUGCCCCUGUCAUGGUGCCAUACUCAACAACUUUAAACCUUAUAAUUAUGAAUAAAUAAAGACAAAAUGCAAAUCUG